UUUUACUGGCGUUGGAAACAAUGUGGCCAUCGACUUAUUGAGUCAAGAAGCCCGGCUUUCUUGUGAUUUGCUUGGGAUUCCCAACAGAACAACAAUCCUUGCUCCUCGAUCGAUCGUACGUGUUCUUCAAGGAUCAUUGUUCCAAAAAUCAAAACUAGUGCAAGAAUAUUAACCUGAUUAAUGGCGCAAAACUCACAUGUCCCAAAAUUUGGCAACUGGGACGACAAUGAUAGCAUACCAUACACAAUCUACUUUGAAAAUGCACGGAAAGAUAAGGGAGGGGUGAAGAUGAUGAACCCAAACGAUCCAGAGGAGAAUCCAGAGGCCUUCAUGUGCAUGAGAGAAGGGUUGGCAGUUAAUGUCAACUCCAACAACUCAAUUUCUUCUUCAGAAAAACAGCAGAAUAAGGGGGGGCAUUCAAGGCCUCCUGCUCAUCCCAGGAACAAUAUUAUUACUAGUUCGAAUCAACAAAAAAGUGGGAGCCACAGGAGAAUCACAUCAGAAUCUGGCAGCGAAAGAAGCGGCUCUGAUUAUUCACUCAUGCAGCCUGGUCAUCGACGUGUGAGGUCUGACAUGAAGAAGAAGAAGAACACUUCGUCUGAUCAUGGAAGUAAUAGCUUCUCCACGUCAGGGACCCGACAUAGUACUAGUAGAGAGAGAACAGCUGGAAGCUAUUCCUCUAAUGAUCACAUGACAGCUCAUCAUAAAGUAGCAUCGGUACCCAAAUUUGGGGCUUGGGAUGAAUCGGACCCUAAAUCAGGAGAAGGAUUUACUGUCAUAUUCAACAAAGUGAAAGAGGAAAAACAGAUUGCGGCUACCCAGUUCGCAUCUGAGCCAACACAAUCAAGCUAUUAUUCGAAUGCCCAUGGCCAUGGACGAUCUUCCUCUAGAUCAAAGAUAUGUUGCUGUCUGUUUUCAAGUGAAAGUGAUCAGUGAUUUACAUGGCUCUGCCUUUGCUUUCACUUGGUAGACGAGCAAGUGAAAACAAAUGCAAAUUAAGCUUCCUGGCAUGAGCCGAGCCCAUUGCAGUCUGCGUACAAU